UCAGUUAAAUAAAAAUAACAGCUUUGUGGAUGGCCUAUUCUAUUUUUUUCGUGUUAUGUAUAUGCAACUGAAUUCAGCAAUAUUUAUAUUGGUGAUCAUCAUGUCUUGAUGAUGUUGUGAAUGAAUAAUAUUUAUAUCUGAAGAGCUGAAAAAUAAAAUGACUUUUCCAUCAACAUCCUUGCAAAACUGUGGAGUCAUGAAUCGUCAAUAUCAUUAUUAAUACCUGUUGCUAUCCAAUUUUGAGUCAACAACUUUGAUGGAGAAACCAAAAGGGAGAGGAAAACACCGAAUACAUGUGGAAAACGAUAUAAUAAGACGUCGGGAGAGAGAAUUCAACUACGAGAAGAUGUGGAGUGGUACUGCAAAAUACUUCGAACACUGGGACAAGGCCAAUUCAAAAUUUCAUUCGUGGACAUCUCCUCGGUAUUACGAGGACAACAAUAAACUCAUGUCAGAAAUAAAAACGAAGAGAGAUAAAGAAGAAUUUCUUGUUAAAAGAAAAGAAAAAUUGAGGAAAUUGCUGGAAGAGGAACAGAAAACGUAUGACAUUGAACUGAUGGUUCAUAAGAAUAGAAACUUGAUCGAUAAACCAUCUACCAGUAAAAUGGAUGAUAUUCCACUGACAGUACUAAAGGAGGUUAAUGUAGGUCUGAAAGUUCAGGAAGAAAAUAGAAGAAGACGAGAAGCUGAACUGAAACUCUAUCAUCAAUGGAGAAAAAAUAAUCCCUUAGUUCGACAGUAUGAAAUAAAAUAUGGUUGCAGGGACCUGAAACUUAGUUGGUUGGACCAACAAAUAGAAAAAAGGAUGCAGAAAGAGAAAGAGGAGGAAGAAACAAGACGAAUUUUGAAGGAAAAUGAGGAGAAACUCAAAAUUGAGAAAGAAAAGGAGGAACAAUUCACUAAGUAUGCCGAAGAGAAAAGGCAGCAACUAAGAAGGUGUUUGGAACAACAAAUGGAAGAAUUGAGAAAAAGGCAACAAGUCAGUGAAAAUCUUAGGAAGAAGGAAGCUGAAGAAACUAAGAACAGAAUGUUGAUAGCAGAGAUUGAAGAAAAACGGAUUCUGGAAGAAAGACUCCGGAGAGAAAAAGAAUGUGCUUUGUUCAACAUAAAACAGCAUAAACUGAAGCUGAAACAAAAAGCUCACGACAUACAGGAGAAUUUAGAACAAGAAAAAUCACUGAUAGCAAGAUUGAAAGAGAUAGAGUUGGAAACAAUCGUCACAGAAGAACAGAAAAGAAAAGAAAUCAAAGAGGGUUUAUCAGAAUUUUUGAGUGUCGUUAAAGAACAACAAGCAUUAGAAAGGCAGAGGCAAAAAUAUUUGGAUUUUCUGUUUGAUUCUGAAGCGAAAGCAGUGUAUGAACAACAAACACAAAUUUGGCGACAAGAAGAGCUCGCCAGGAAAAAUUUGGUCAAGCAAGUGAUGGAGACAAUCCAACAACAAAUUGAGGAAAACAUAAGAAAAAAUAAAGAAGAACAAACACAGCUUUUAGCUGAACGUGAAGAAAUGGCUCGAAAAAUUGAGGAAUAUGAUAGAGAACUGGAAGAGUUGAACAAAGAAGAAAAACAGAGGCAAAUUGAGACUCGAAAGGUAAGAGAGGAUGAUAUCAAGGUGAGAAAUGCGAGAAAGAAGCAGCAAGAGAAUUUGAAAAUGAAAGAGAUUGAGAUGGAACUGGAAAAAAUACAGAAACAAGAAAAAAAAUUACAGCAAGAAAUUAUGGAGAUGCAGAAAAAGCAAGGACCCAUUACUCGACCAAGAAGCAGUAGAUUAUUUUUCUAAUAAUCCAUAACAACCUGUGUGCUGAGUUUUGUUCUUGCAUAAUUUCUUGCAUAAUUCCUGUAGAAUGUGAUAUAUAUAUAUUUAUGAUUACUAAUAGAAAAAAUAAUUCACAUUCUAUCAUAUGAUAGAAAAUAGCCCAAUUUGCUAUCUAAAACAUAUAUUCACCUUUGGUAUGUUUGAACAGAACUUUUUCAAACUCGCUUGAAAUAAAGAGAUGCAUGAUGGGCAUCAUCUACAGUUCCACAACAUAUUUCAUAAUACAUUAAUAUCAAACCUAAUUAUAAUUUUAAAGUCGCACUAGAUUAAGGAAUUAUAUUGAGAGCUAUUUUAUUGACGUUGAAAAUUAUUUUAGACUUUUAUACAGAAAAUAUAAAAAUAUAUACACCAA